CUUUACAAGUUACAGUGUUCAAUUAAAUAAUUCAAUUUAAAAAAUGAACUUCGCAAGGAUUCUUUUCUUCGUGGUGGCUUGUUUUGCAGCCUUCAGUGUGACGUCAGCAAGUCCUAAAUGGAAAUUAUUUAAGAAAAUUGAAAGAGUAGGACAGAAUAUUCGUGAUGGGAUCAUCAAAGCGGGCCCUGCAGUUGCAGUUGUUGGGCAGGCGGCUUCUAUUGUCAAACCUGGAAAGUGACGUCAUCAAAUUUCCGUCAUCGAAGUUCACUUAAGAAGAGUAAUGUGGCUGUUAUAAUAAGAUCUUUAUUUU